AUGACGGACAUAACGGCCGACUUCAGCAUUUGUCUGAAGGAAAAGGGAGUCGAAUCGAUAGCGAAGAAAGAGUUUGAUCUCCAGAACAUCAACGCUUUCCUCCAAGAAGCCUACUUUCUCAACGCGCGAAUUGCAGAAUUAAACCGCGACUUACGAGCGAUCCGGCCAGCUUACCUGUCUGCUGCUCAGCCCUCACGAAGGAGACACAUUGCAGGAUCUGGCCAAAGCAAUCGAGUGGUGCCGCUCACAGAUGCCCAGAGAGAUUUCAAUGAUGCGGAGUCGAAGCGCCUUCUCAGAGAGCUUAAUGCGAAAAUUGACAGGUUGAAGCAGGUAGAGAGUGUGCGGAACCAGACUGCAGAUACAAUUGCGCUCAAAAAGAGGUCACGGGGUGGUCUGGGUGGACUGGGGAGAUGGGCAGCAGGUGGCGCUGUGACGGCCAAGUCACCAGAGGAAGAGAUGGAGGAUGCAGCACGGAAGACGAUGGCCGCCGUACGAGAAAGCAUCAUCCUGUUCCUGCAGGGUCGACUGGAAGAAGCGGGCAGGGUGCAGAGUGAAAUGAUGGACAUACGACUGAGCAGGGAGAUUGAGAAAUCAAAGUCCAUCUUGGCCAAAUCCAAGGUCGGCGGUACGAUACCUCAUAUUCAGGACGAGGAAGUCCAAAUUGAACCUUCAAGCUCAGCCAAGAGGAUGCGAAUGUCUGGAGACUUUGGGAGCGGCAGUGCAUUUGAGGCACCAGCUCCUGCAGAACUCACCCAGGAGCAAAUGCAGCAGUUUCAAGAAGAGAACCAUGAACUGCUGAAGCACUACGAAGACCAGCUGGACCAGGUCAAGACUGCGGAAAAGAGCAUAUUGGAAAUCAGCGAACUGCACAGCACCCUGCAUGCAAAUCUCCAACAACAGAGCGAGCACAUCGAUCAGCUUGUCCAGGACUCGUACCUGGCGACGGAGAAUCUCGGAAAGGGAAACAAAGAACUCAAGCGUGCGAGCGAAAGACGCAGUACAGCCCAGGCCCUGUUCUACUCUACGGUAGCCUUCUGUUCUUUCCUAGUCGUAUGGGAUUUCUUCAUAUGA